GGUUGGUAUCUUGAUCAAUUCGAUAAAAUUUGAUACAGGAAGAUGGAGUCAUCAUCUAGCCGUUGCAGGCGAUCGUCCUAUGGUAAUCGCGAACGUUUUCUAAACAAGCACUUGGGGCCAGCAAUUAUGGGCAAAUCAUGUCCAAUAUGUUUGUGCCGAAUCGAAGAAGCAGCUUUGAUUACGGUGUGUUUGCACGCCUACUGCACCAAUUGCAUUCGUAAAUGGAGCAAUCUGAAGAGGAAGUGUCCGCUUUGUAAUGCACCGUUCGCUUCGUUGUUCGUCGGAAUCGAUUUUAAUUCUAGAACCUUCCGUACCAUACAUUUGUCAGCACUCAGGGAGUAUGGUGGAAAAUUCAACACUAAUAUUGGAGAUUUAGAUGGCAGGCGAAGAGAUUUCAUGGCUCAACGAAGGGUAAUUGGGAUAUCGAGAGAAGAACUAAAUGUUGUUAACAGAAGAACAAGGGCAUUACCCAGGCAGAGGUCAUUUGGCCAGUCUAAAAUGCUGCCUCCUGGCGUUAACAAAGAGAGAAUUCUGCAGUGGCGUACAAGCAUAUACGAGCAAAACUUGCGAGCUGUACCUUGUCCAAGCAGAGGGUCACUUGAACAGGGUGUCAUGGGAAGAAACAGCAACAGGGAAAGGCUACUAAAAAGAAUAGAACCAUGGAUACACAGGGAACUCCAUGCUGCUCUUGGUGAUCCAGAUCCAACCAUACUUGUGCAUCUGGUGACGUCAAUCUUUAUCUCAAGUCUUGAAGAAGCGCAUAAGGUUCCUUCAAGACCUUCUGGUGUAGAAAAAAAAUAUCUUGAACCGUUGCAGCCUUUUCUGUUUGAACGGACGAGUACAUUCUGGCAUGAACUCAGAUGUUUUGCAGAAAGCUCAUUCAACAUGGAAACAUACGACACAGUAGUUAAAUAUGUGAAAUGGUCAAAUUGAGCAACACCGUUUCUCAUUCAUCAAGGCUUAAUGGUGUUGCCAACAGAUCAUAAGUCGUAACCAUGAAGGCGUUAGCAGAACAUGAAGAUGAUAUGGUUGGUAUAUGCUCUGAAAGGAGGUUGAUCUCAGACCAAGUAAAUCAUCAAGACAUGAAUCCAGAAGCAAUUGUAAAUUUGCCAAUCAUGUGAUGAAAUGAAAUGGAUGAGCAAGCAGCACCCCAUUUCUGGUGUAGUUGAGCUGCGUCAGAACUACUUGUAGGGGUUAUGGUUUAUUUGCUCAGUCAAUGGCUUAAUCAGUCAGCUAGAAAACCUUGGUCCUUUACACUCGGCCAUAAAUUUUCCCCACCUACCCUUUAAGACUCGGAUGGUUAGCAAAAAUUGUUUUCAGAUAUUGGGUUAUGAUAGAUGCCUUCUUUUUCUUGAACUUUUCUGAGUAGAUAUUGUUCAAUUUUUAGGCUAGAAAUUUGGAUAUUAAUUAUCAAACUUCCUGCAAGGAAAUGCAGUCCAAGUUCUUCCCUUGAUUUGAAGGAAUUUGGAUCUUCAAGUGCUAAAAUUAUGAAUUUGGAUCUCGAAUGCAUCCUAAAUUGAUAAUUUUCUUAGACUGAGGGGUAAAAUGAGCAUUUCUAGCAUUCAGACUGUUAAUUUAGUACAAUAAACGAACAACAAUUCAUCUUAUAUCAUACAGACAACUAUAUCCAUACAAGACUUAAUUGAAAACGAGCCAAUAUCCCCAUAGUUUUUAGUAUAAUCAAGAAAAGAGCUGCUUUAUGUCUUUCGUAAAGAUAAUACCAUGGUGCAUUCUACAAAACUAGUAACGGAUAUAGUCUCCACCAUUGGAGAAAUACGUACAUCUUACCCUUUACAUACCCCACUUCCAAAUGGAAUUUUACGGCACAUUUUGUUUGGUUUCGUUUUAACUAAACAAAUUAAAUUCAAAAUCAAUAUGCAGAC